GAGGCGGAGAAACAGAGUGGCCGAACUCUUAUUUAUGAGAAACGCGCUGAGAGGAGAGGAGAGACAUUUUGUUUACUGCCGCUGACAAACUUAGUGAAAAGUUCAGCCACCUGAGGAGAGAGAGAGAGAGAGAGAGAGAGAGAGAGAGAGAGAGAAGCAUAGCCUCCAUCAUUACAUAAUAAAGUGUCCGAGCAGGGCCGGUACAGACUGACACUCAGCUCUGACCGAUCAAACUUCUGUAAACUGCUGUUUUUUAGCGCGGACUCUGCAGAAUCGCACCUUUCCAGUUUUACUCGCUUUGCUAAGAAACAAUGUAGAAAGAGGCGCACAAAGCUGGACGGAGAGACUGUUGCCCCCCGUGGACAUGAGGACAGUGUCCCUGCUCGCUGAACGGAGACUCUUCUCGGCCUAAAUGUUUCCUCAGCUUGACAACUUGGAGUAGAAUUGCAUAAAUAAAACCACUCAGCUGCUGAUCAAUAAGCCAUGACUUCGGCCACUCCUCCUUCCUCAAGGAGCCCCUCCCCACAGAAGGUGUGUCACUCCCAAACACAGACAGAGGUUCUGAAGCCGCUGCUGGGUGGAGGAGGUGGUGCUACAGCAGGAGGCGGUCCUGCAGCCUUGAGAAGGCGUCGGCGUGUUCUCUCGAAAGAUGGACGGAGCAACGUUCGCAUUGAGCACGUCAGCGGCCGUGGUGCUCUCUACCUGCGUGACCUGUGGACGACCUUUCUGGACAUGCAGUGGCGCUACAAGCUCUUCCUCUUCUCAGCCACCUUCGCUGGCACUUGGUUCGUCUUUGGGGUGCUGUGGUACCUGGUGGCUCUGGUCCAUGGAGACCUACUAGAGUUUGACCCGCCCUCCAACCACACCCCAUGCGUGAUGCAGGUCCAGACGCUGACAGGGGCUUUUCUCUUCUCGCUGGAGUCACAGACCACCAUUGGCUAUGGCUUUCGUUGCAUCACUGAGGAAUGUCCAGUUGCCAUCAUCCUCCUCAUCGUGCAGCUAGUCAUCACUAUGGUGAUGGAGAUCUUCAUCACAGGAACCUUUUUGGCUAAGGUGGCUCGACCGAAGAAGCGCGGCGAGACAGUGAAGUUCAGUCAGCAUGCUGUCGUGGCCAAUCACGAAGGACGACCAUGUCUCAUGAUUCGUGUUGCCAACAUGCGCAAGAGCCUGCUUUUAGGCUGUCAGGUAACAGGUAAGCUGCUGCAGACGUCUCUGACUAAAGAGGGUGAGACGGUACGCCUGGACCAAAGGAAUGUGGCCUUCCAAGUGGACACGUCCAGCGACAGCCCCUUCCUCAUUCUCCCCCUCACCUUCUACCAUGUCAUCGAUGACAGCAGUCCUCUUCGUGCCUGGGCUGCAAAAGGUGGGGGGUGGACAGAUCCUGAGCUGGCAGAUUUUGAGCUUUUGGUGAUAAUGAGUGCCACUGUGGAGCCCACCUCAGCCACCUGCCAGGUGCGCACUUCCUACCUGCCUGACGAGAUCCUGUGGGGAUAUGAGUUCCCACCAGUCGUCUCGCUCUCUCCCUCUGGAAAGUAUGUAGCUGAUUUUGCCUUCUUCGACAAGGUUGCCAAGACUAAGACCCCACCACUCUUUAAACAAGCCCCACCUCCAAGCCCCCAGACACCCCGUUACCAAGGCAGUGGAGGAGGAGGAGGAGGUGGAACUGUGGGGUCGGACCCUGAGAAGAUGAGGCUGGAGGAGAGCUACCGGGAGGAAAAGGGGCGGGACAGGGGCCGAAUCCGAGAUAGCAGCCCGCUUAGCGUUCGCAUUAGCAAUGUGUAAUUAGGGAGAGAGAGAGAGAGAGGGAGAUAGAGAGGUGUAGAGAUAGUGAUUAAAACAAAACAGAAAAAGAUUUUAUAUCUGCCAGGUUUUUUUUGUUGAUAUAAACUUACCUGUUCUUUUAGACAGUGUGCCAGUAAAAUACACUACAUGUCCAAAAGUUUGUAGACACCUGCACAUCCAGCGUUUCUUCUGAAAUCAAGGCUAUUAAUGGGGAGUUUGCCCCUUUUUACUGCAGUAAUAGCUUCUGCUCUUCUGGAAAGGCUUUACACUAGAUGUUGGAACAUUUCUGUGAGGUCUGAUUGCAUUUAGCCACAAGAGCAUUAGCAAGGUCAGGUACUAAUGUUGGGUUAUUAGUUCUGGAUCACAAAUGCCAUAUCCCAAUGGUGGAGGGUGCUUAAUACCCCUUCAACCGACAUGUGGCAUUGGGUAUAGUGACUUUAGGCUCAUGUGUGGGAAAGUGACCAAGGUUCUAUUAUAUUGGCAAUGCUUUUCUAUGGAGUUUAUAUAUGUGUGCGAAAUGGGAACUACAGACUAAUACUAAAAUACUAGAAGAAGAAUCAAAAGAAUUCAGAACAAGCUGCUUUAGAGUAGAUUGAAGAAUUAAGACAAACACGCACAUAGCACACACUUAUACAUACACUGGGACUGCUUAGCGUGGAAGACUGUAUCUCCACCUUGUGGCUGCAAGGCACAGUGCCAUUUUUUUAAAGGAAAAAAACUACUCAAAGGGAUAAACACAAUUUUGCUUUCAUGGACCAAUUACUGAUUUCAUGAACUCUUAAUUUUCUGUACUUUACAUUCAUGGCAAGAACUUUGAAAAGAUUAUGAAAGCCCAAGGGACCAAAAUAUGGCACAGAUCAUGUAAUACUUAAUAAUGAACCACUGUAUUGAAAUGUAGAUCAGAGGGAUUGAAGGUACUAUAUCUUGGGCUUUUCUCUUGUGUAUCGAUGGACUGAACUGGAAUGAGUUCUAUGUGGCAUGUACAUGUAUAUAUUUGUACCUAACAGUGCCAGUGCAAGUACUCAUUUGAGUAUAGAUCUAGUUUUUUAUGUCUAGUUUUCCUAGUCACUGGAACAAACAUGAGGUAUGUUAACAAUACUAAAAGCACUUUAACUUGGCGCGAAGACUCUUUCUGUACUGUUUGAAAGAAAACUAACUUUAUGUGCUGGGGAAUAACUGACCUGCACGUGUGGAGUGCCUGAGAGUGUAUCUGUGGCUCUGUAGCAUGUCUGAUUAGGCAUGCGUCUUUGGGAAAUGUAUCAGAAUGAAUCAUAUUUCAUAAGUUUACAAAAUAAAUUAUAUACCUUAGAGAAUGUAUCUAUAGGAUAUAAACAAACGAUUAUUAUUACUAUUAUUAUUAUUAUUAUUGGUGUGCAAAGUACUGCUGUGUAUUGUUCAACACUAAAAGUGAAUGAAAGUGGUUUUGUGGGCUUGUAUGAGAAAAACUUUCUGUAUUUUCAUGCUAAUAUGUUCCAUAGGGCUCAGUGUUAAAACUGGGUCAUCACCACUUUAACUGCUAAUGACUUUCAAUGACUGUUUUUAAUAAAUGAUCAGUUCUGAAGGCG